AGAGCUUGGAAUUUGUCUAGAACGCAAUCACCCGUUGAAUCGAACACAUCGUGUCCCAGUGUUGAGUGAAUUUUUCCGUCGAAAUGGCACCCAAAACCAGUGGAAAAGCUGCGAAGAAGUCUGGCAAAGCCCAGAAAAAUAUUUCCAAGUCCGACAAGAAAAAGAAGCGCAAGACCCGCAAGGAAAGCUACGCUAUUUACAUCUACAAAGUGUUGAAGCAAGUCCACCCGGAUACUGGCAUCUCUUCGAAGGCCAUGAGCAUCAUGAACAGUUUCGUCAACGAUAUCUUCGAACGCAUUGCUGCUGAGGCGUCCCGCUUGGCGCACUACAACAAACGUUCGACGAUCACGUCCCGCGAAAUCCAAACCGCUGUUCGUCUGCUGCUGCCUGGUGAGCUUGCCAAGCACGCCGUCUCCGAAGGAACGAAGGCUGUCACAAAGUACACCAGCUCGAAGUAAGCCACUGAAAUGAUUGGCUUCGUUCUCUCAAAUCGGUCCUUUUCAGGACCACAAAUCGCAUUCAAACAAAGAAUUAUCCUUCGUUUCAUCUGCACCAGCGAAUUAGCGCUGUAAUUUCAGGGUGUCCGUCUUGGUCAACGUUAUUGUUCAGUUUGUUGCGUUUGCCUGUAAUGUUGUUU